UCCUGCCUCUUCGUGCCCCGCCGGGAGGGAGGCCCGGCUCCGCAGGCUCCGGCCCAGAGCACGAAACCGGGGCCGCCGCCACCCUCGGAGCACAAGGUCCAGCAGGAGCCCCCGAGAGCUUCCGCUAAGGAGCAGGAAGAGCCUGUUGCUUCCCUGCCGGCACGUCGGGAUCCUUUGGUACCUGUGACUUACAUCGAUGACAUUGUGGAGCUGGACAGCGGGGAGCUUUCCCCCAAGGGUGGCUCGGCUGUGAGGACGGGGACUUUGGUAGACCAGCCUCGAGAAGCUGUCUCUGACCUGGAGAUGGAGUUUUCCGCUGUGCCCCUCUACAAACCCCACUCUGUCUCCCCUGCCAGCCAUCAGCGAGGAGGCAACACGUUCACUGUAGUGCCCAAAAGGAAGACCGUCGUCUCGGGCUUGCAGACUUUGACUGAUGCCAGCGGACGGCUGCAGCGGGAGGAAGACGAAGAGGAGGAGGAAAACAAAGGAAAGAACAAAGCUGUGGAGAACGCUGAUGUGUCCCAAGCGGGGGUGGCUCUUAAAAAGCGCUACCCCACUGUGAAUGAGAUUGAAGUGAUUGGUGGCUACCUGUCCCUGGAGAGGUCGUGCAUGAGCAAAACAGGCCGCCGUAAGAAGAUGAAGAUCUCUUUCAAUGAGACAAGUUUGCAGACCAUGUUUGAAUACCCCUCAGAGAGCUCACUAGCAGAAGAAGAGGAAGAGGAGGAGGAAGGACAUGCUUCUGAAACAGAGGAAGAUAAGACUUGCACCUUUUUCAUUCCAUGCCCAAAUAGCACUUUGAAUCCCAGUACACCUAACUCAGAUUUGUCCAGCUACACCCCAAAGCACUCCGUGAAGUUCAGUGAGUGGCAGGAGCAGAAGUAUGAGGAGAUGCCCAACUCGGAGGGACCCGUCCGAAAAGAAGCUGAUUCCCUUGGGAACCAAGUCAUGCUCACCCCAGCAGAGAAGGGAGGACUCUCUGACUUCAGCAGUGAGCCUGCGCUGUAUUUUUGAUUGCUUCAUCUUCUAGCCUGCAGCAGCUGCUGCUGGACAAAACUUGGCAGUGCACCUUCCGAAUGCCUGCGUAAGCACCACGGAAAUAAGCUUCUGGGUCCUUUCUUCGUCACAAGUUACAUAGGAUCCUGAUGCCAAGGGUGGCUAGAUGCCAUUGGACAUCUUGGGAGAAUAUUUGCACUGGAUUCUGGGACGUAACUACUACUUUUAAGGCAUAUGAUUUAUUCUGCCUGUGGCCUUGCGUAUUCCUUGUUCAAGAUCAGCUGCUGAUUAGACAAGCAUCUGAAGAACAGAUCUGUAAUUCCAGGAUGGAUGUAAAUUCUCUCAGUGCCUAGCUGAGUCCACUCAAGCAGGCACUGUAUGGGCUCUGGGAAGGUUUUGAAACACUCCUCUCAUUAGAGGCCCCAGGGGAGAACGGUUCUGGAGCUUGAGCACUGGGAGUGUCUGGGCAGUUAGUUGGAUUCACGUUAAGCGGUUGUGAUUUGACAGCUAGAUUACAGUGGUUGUCAACUUUUAAAACUAUUGAGGGUUGGUUUACUCUCAGCGUUUUUCUGGAUCUAAUUUCACUGAACUACCAUGGAAUUUAUGUGCCAGUUAAGUUCGUGUGAAGGGAGUUGAAUGCACUCUAUGGGAAGGGGAAUAAAUGCCUUUAGGUAUCAUUUUUUGCACUAAUCUGUAAAGAAGUGUCCAGUCUAGCUUGAGCCUCUUGAAGAUUCCCUAACAUCGGCCAUAGCUUUGAUCUGUCCAUGCCCAACUCUGGCAUCCGGUCUCUAAUAACUGCCCUUUGUGCUUCAGUUUGCCUAGUUCCUCUUGUUGCUUUGUUGUAGCAUCUAAUAGGGCCAGGCCCAAGAUAUAUCUGUCCUGGCUGCUGGGGAGACUUGUUUCUUGCCAAGCUCUUUUUGCUCCUCUAGUGGAAAACACAGGAGGGCCAUUUCACUCCUUUCUUCUGCAGAACUUGAACAAGAAAUAUGCUGUUUUCUAGAUUUUUUUUUUAUAGUUCUAUUGCAAUUGUUUAAUGCAGCCAAUAUACAAAGGAAUCUGCUAGACUCUUCCACUUAAGUGUUCUACUACUGUAAACUCAGGGUCAAAAUUGCACUCUGGAAAAGACUGAAUGCUGCUGCUAAUGUGAUUUGUAUUUCUGGGAUUAAAAGAGAUGCGGUUGGAAUAGA